UGAAGAGGGAGGACGGAGUGAAAGUUGGUGUUUGGAACGGAAUUUGUACGUAUUGGACAUUCAAUCCGAUCAUAUUUUAAGCAAGCAGUUCUACAUAGAAAUAUAUCACCAUGUCUGAUGAAGACAGAAUGCGGAGUGAGAUUGCAGGAAUGCAAAUGAGGGGAGACGAACUAACUGACGAGUCCCUAGAGAGUACUCGUCGUAUGCUACAAAUGUCAGAAGAGACACAAGACAUUGGAAUCAAGACGCUAGUUACUUUAGAUGAACAGGGUGAACAACUUGAUAGAGUUGAAGAAGGUCUUGAUCAAAUUAAUGCUGAUAUGAGAGAAGCCGAGAGAAAUCUUACAGGAAUGGAAAAAUGCUGUGGGCUUUGUGUUUGUCCAUGGAAAAGAAGAAAAAAUUAUGAAAAAAGUGAAGCAUAUAAAAAAGCUUACAAAAAGAAUAAUGAAGAUGGUGUUGUAUCUAGCCAGCCUGGAGGCUAUAAUACAUCAACUAGCAGAACUGAUGCUCCUUCCUCUGGCUAUGUACAAAGAAUUACCAAUGAUGCCAGAGAAGAUGAAAUGGAUGAAAAUUUAGGUCAAGUAUCCAACAUCAUUGGAAAUCUUAAGUCAAUGGCUGUGGACAUGGGCAAUGAAAUUGAUACUCAAAAUAGACAGCUAGAGCGCAUUAAUGCCAAGGCUGAAUCAAAUGAUGCAAGAAUAAAUGUGGCUAAUAAGAGAGCAAGAGACAUUCUUCGAAAUGCUUAAAAAAUGGUUAUUACAUUAUCUUUAUCAGUCUAAUUCUUUAGGAAUUAAGAACAGUGGUGAUUUACAAUCUGAGGCUCACAUAAAUCAUAAAAAUUGCAGUGUAAUGAUUAAUUAUAAACGAUUAUUUUCAUAAACACCUUCAUUUGAUUUUGAUUGUGAACAUAUUUCGUUGUGAUAGCUGUUAAAAUGCAGUGUAAAUCAGGUUAUGAUUGCUUAUUUGUAGACAUCUCUCUUUUAUUGUCCAUUUUGAUCUUGAUUAGAAUGUGUUUUAGUAUUCUAUCAUCCAUAAUACUAUAAAAGUAUAAGUUUGUAUAUUGUUGCAGUAGUUUUUAGACUUUAGUCUUGUCAUUUAAAUUUACCCGCCAUUUUUAGCAAAAAUAUUGUAAAGCACAAAUUUGGUACAAAAGACAGUGCCCUGUUGUACAAUUGUAAUAAAGACCAUUAGUAUAAAAAA